UUCAGCCAGGAGUCCGGAGCACUCAGAAAAUCCACAGGCGGAGUGGAGAAGAGCUGGAAACGGCGACAACUCUCUUGAUAUUUUUUUUCUUGCUAAAUCGUGAUUUUUUUUAAUGUAUAAAGAAAGAGAGAUUAAGUUAAUAAAAGGAAAGUGGGGAAGAGGGGAGGCAAGCAGACGCACGUACAAGUCAAGCUGAAGAGAGAGAAGGCAGGAACAUAUUAAAAACACUGCCUUGUGUAUCUGUAAACGCGGAAAGGAAGAAGGGAAAACGAAGGAAAAAACGAUCUUCACAGUCAUUAAAAGAGCGCUGCCUGCCGGAUUAAGGGUUUGGAUUAAUCUACCCAAAAGCCAAGGAAGGAACAAGGGAACGCUUGGGUUACAUUUCAAUGGAUACAUAUUCUUGGCUACAUUUUUUCUACUUUAUAUCGGUGGGUUACAAUGCAUGAUUGUAUCUUUGGGGAGCCGCACUAACCCAUCCCCCUUUUAUAUAUAUUUAAUUGCAGUAUUGUUUAAACCAUUUUUUCCGGAUCUUUUUAUUUUUAAACCCUUUUUUUAAUAAGGGGGUGGCGUAUGCUACAGAUUUGUGCGGCUGUUACUGUGUUGUUGCCAUCGAGAACAGGCUGGAUUCAUGUUUUGCGGAUAUGUUUUUGCUGUACCUGGCUGGAUUUUAGCAGAUUUCUCUCUGGCGGAGCUUCAUCUCGCAUGUUCAGGACGAAACGAUCGGGUCUUGUCCGGCGACUUUGGAGAAGCCGUACGUUGGGAGAAGCAGACGGGCAGACGGAUAACGAGGGCGAUGCAAACCGAGGAGGAGGAGGAGGAGGCGGCAGCGGAGGAGGCAGCAGCAGUGGCGGCGGUGGAUGCUGCGGGGGCAAAGGGUCGAAAUACUCAAACUCCGACCCUGAAUUGAAAACCCUGACUCACUCGCUGCUGAAAAAGCUGAAGGAGAAGCAGUUGGAAUUAUUGCUGCAAGCGGUGGAUAGUAAAGGGGGAGCCCGUACCGGUUGCCUUCUCUUGCCCAAGAUGAUCGAGCCGAAACUCAGCAAACAAACUUACUCCCUACCGGUACUGAUCUGCAAAGUCUUCCGCUGGCCUGACCUGAGAAACUCUUCGGAACUGAAAAGACUCUAUUGCUGUGAAUCAUACGGAACCAACAACCCGGAUUCCGUCUGUUGUAACCCACACCACCUUAGUAGACUCUGUGAAUUCGAGUCACCCCCGCCUCCCUAUUCCAGAUUUCCAAUGGACUCACUCAAACAGUCUGCAGAUUUGCCAGACUCUGUGCCUCCCUCGACUGAAACUGGGGGAACUCAUUAUACGGCCCCUGGGGGGCUUUCAGAUCAGCAGAUGCAUGUAAAUAGUUGCUUCCGUCUCCAGAAGACCCUGCAUUACGAAUCCCGAAUAAGUCAGGAGCUGGGAAGUCAGUCGCACUGGUGCGUUGUUGCAUAUUGGGAGGAGAGGACACGAGUGGGGCGUCUGUACACUGUCCAAGAACCCUCCCUCGAUAUUUUCUACGAUCUACCUCAUGGGAAUGGUUUCUGCCUGGGACAGUUAAACUCGGACAACAAGAGCCAGCUGGUGACCAAGGUUCGGAGCAAAAUCGGUUAUGGUAUCCAGCUGAGCAAAGAGCCAGACGGGGUGUGGGUCUACAAUCGCAGCAAUUACCCGAUUUUCAUCAAGUCAGUCACACUGGACAACCCGGACUCCAGGACGUUACUGGUUCACAAAGUGUUCCCGGGCUAUUCCAUCAAGGCUUUCGACUACGAGAAGUCUUACACCUUGCAGAGACCCAACGACCAUGAUUUCACGCACGAGCCAUGGUCUGGAUUCAGCGUCCAAAUUAGUUUUGUAAAAGGCUGGGGCCAAUGCUACACGAGACAGUUCAUAACCAGCUGCCCUUGCUGGCUGGAGGUGUUCCUCAAUAACCGAUAGAGUGGUGUUAUUAAAGGACUCAGAUUUAGCAGAGAUGCUUUCAAUGAAAAGUAAUGAGAUUUAAUAAAAGAAAAGUGUAUUUUAUGUUAUAUAUAAAUAUAUUAUAUUACUUGUAAAUAUGAAGACGUUUUAUAGCAUUAUUUAUGUAUUGUGCAAUGUGUAAACCGGACAAUUAAAAAUGCACUUUGCUUAAUAUAAAUGCAAAUAAGAUGAAAAACGCCAAAAUUUAAAUAACAAACACAAAUUGGUGUUCUUAUGGGUGCUGAAACCAAGAAGAAUGUUUUUUUUAAAUAGAGGAGUUUAUGUUCAAGUGGAAAAAUAAAAUUG